AACUGUUCUUUUUAAAACCCCAACUAAUUUAACUGUUAAUAUCAACAUUUUGCGGAGAAAAUAUGGUGUCUCUAGAAACAGCCUCAAUCACUUACAAUCUCAGUCGGAAACCCAGUUUCCGGUUCACCGCCACUUCUACACCAAACUCUACGCUUAAACUCAACCACCCACGGCGGUUGCAGUUGCAGAUUGUAUCAUUCCCAUUUGGCGCUCAAAAGGUUAACCGCCAGUUAACUGAAAUUCCCGCGUUUACGGAAACGGAGAGUACUGUGGUGACCCAAGAGCAAGCUGAACCGCCGGUUAGAAUAGUAGGUGUUGUCGGCGAAGGAAGCGUCAGUCCUCUCAAUUCCGCCACUUGGGAGGAGGUUUUGCUUCACACUGCAAAAAGGUUGAAAUGGGUUGAUGAAGGAUAUGAAAUGGUUGUUUUCACUGAUAAAUUGUUUCAGUCUAAUGAGCAAAUUGAGCAACUACGCAAGGAAUUGUACCGUACUGAUAUAUUGGUAAUAGUUUCGGUUUCAAAUAAAGAAUCAGUCGAGUGGAUCAAAGCUAAUAGUAAAGUUGUGCGGAACAUAAUCUGCUUCGACUCCUCACCGGAUCUUGCAAGUAAACUAGGUGGUUUGUUUGUUCAGAAUGAAACAAAUAGAUCCUUCUUUGGGAAAUUCAUUGGAAUUUCUACGUCUAAGGAAGCAAAUGAGUCGAUGGAAGUUGUGAAAACUGUAUCUGAAGCGUGGGAGCGGCAUAAUUCGGAUGACAUAAGGUUCUGUUUGUUGGUUAUUAUCAAUGCCUAUAUUAGACCAGUUCCGAUCUUGAAGAACCUGAGAUCAAAGGGUUUUUCCACCCUCAACUGCAUGAUUAAGAACUGCGGACCUCAGAUACUAAACUGUCUAUUGGAUCCUAACUGCCGUAAAGCUUUGCAAUGUUUGAAUAACUGCAGCCCGGUUGAUCAAGUGUGUAACUAUAAGUGCAUUGCCUCUUACGAAAGCCCAAAUCUAGAGGCAUUUUCUCUGUGUGUAUUGCAGAAGAACAAUUGCCUCGAGUUAGAUGCAAAGAUCCCCGAAAAACCAUAUGUUCCUCCCAUGAUCACAUUCCGAGGGGAGAAUCUGACUCAUGAAAUUGCUGAGGAUCUUUUCGUAGGUUGGUUAGGGAGUUUGGAUUGGAGCUGGCGCGUUGUGGCAGGACAAAACCCAGCUUACGAUCAGUUUCCAUGCCAAUACCAGUUGUUCUAUAGGGGAAAGGCAAAGGGGUCAUUCUGGUACGAGCCAGUUUUUCAGGUUCGGACACUAGAAGGGAAUUUGGUUUGGAGAAGACGGAAAUAUCGCGUCAAGAGAGGAAAAGUUGCAGGAACAUUUAACUUUAGUGUAUUAGACAACGGUGUCGUUUCAAAUGAGUUUUGGACAAUUGUGGACGUUUCCGAUGAUUUUAGCUGGGGUUUGUUUCAUUACUCCGGGGCUGCUCGAGUUGCAGGACAGUCGUAUACUGGUGCUGUGCUCGUUAGUCCAGAUGGCGCGUACCCGGAAGAAAAGGAGAUGAAUAGAUUGGGUUUGGCCUUGGAGAAAUGUGGAAUUAAGGAAUGGGAGCUAUACACAGUUGAUAAUUGCUCAUGCCAAGGGGCUCCUCUAGGAAUUCCAGAGGGCUCAAGUUUGCAUUCUUCAGUUUCUGUUAAAGAUGGGAAACUGAAAACAUCUAAUUUGUAAAAUACAGAUUAUUGUUCCAAAUUUCUUUCUAUGUUGCAGAGAAACAUAUACUACGCUUCGGAGUUGGAAUUUCAUUUCCACUAUCAAAAACACGGUAGAACUCCGAAACUCUAUAUUCGUAAUUUAUUCUUAUAAAACAAUAUUUCAGUA